AAAAGCCCGGGUUAAAGGAGCAUGGAGGGAAAUGAGGGCAGACUGCAGACUGUAGAGCCAGUAAGGUGGAAGUUCAAUGCACUCUCCAGAUAAGUAAUGUGGACGAGCUUGCUGCUGAGGGGCACCACCUGUUUUGUGCAGGUGGCAACCCCGAGGUUUCUCCACCAAAGACCCUUCCCACCCCUCUGUGCGAGACUUCUCACUCAGCGGCCCCUUCGCAGGACCCCCUGUGGUUUAGAGCUUCGGGGCGAAGGCUACUUCCUGGCACACAGUGGGACCAGGGCAUUUAAAAGAGAUGCAAAGUCGUCUCUGGAGCCUGCCGUCAGCCCCGUCACAGUCACAGACAUCAAACAGUAUCUGCGCACAAAGGAGAUUCCCUUCCACGAUGGCUACAGCUGCCUCCACACUCCGAGCAUCUUUGUCAAGCCGUCCGCCAGGAGGGACAGCUUCUCCCUGUUCGUCGACAAAACCACCGGGCAGUUUCUGUGUAAAGACACGUUGGUGGAAGGGAGUUGGGAGGAUCUCCAGGACUGCCUGGAGGUGAUGCUGAAGGAGGAGCAGGACUUCCUCAGCCCUCGCGUGCUGCUGGAGUACCCAGACAGUGCGCAGGAGCAGGAGGACAUGGAGUGGGAGCUGAGGGAGGUGCAGAGGAUCUGGUCCAGCUCCGUGCCCUUCUCUGACCUCCCCGAGGACGAGGCUCGGCUGAUUAAAACCAUGUUUCAGAUCACAAAGAUAUCCAACGCCACACUCAAGAGGUUUGGCGUGAGGCUCUUCAAACCUACCAAGAGUCUGGUUUUCCCCUGGUUCGGUGGCCCCGACUCCUCCCUAAAAGGGGUGAAGCUUCUCUCCGCCCAAAGCACAGACACUGACAAAGUCAUUUAUAAUGAAGCCACGGUCCCAAAGUGUAAUUCGUACUACAACCUGUUUGGCCUCCCGCUGGUGGGCCGCAUGGACGCGGAGGUGGUGCUGACCGGACACGAGCUGGACACUCUGGCUGUGAGCCAGGCCACGGGACUCACCAGUGUGGCUCUCCCUCGCGGGGUCAGCUGCCUCCCGCCGAUCCUGCUGCCGUACCUGGAGCAGUUCAAGCGGGUGACGCUGUGGUUGGGGGACGACAUUCGCUCCUGGGAGGCGUCGAAGAUCUUCUCGCGCAAAUUGGCGUUUAGGCGCUGCUCGCUGGUGCGGCCCGGGGAGUACCGGCCAUGUCCCGCGGAGGCGCUGGCCCAGGGGAAGGACUUGGGCCAGAUCAUCAAGUCCUCCAUCCCGGCGGCCCAUAAGUCCAUCAUGUCCUUCAAGCAGCUCCGAGACGACGUGUACGGGGAGCUGGUGAACAGAGAGCAGGUGGCUGGAGUGAAGUGGGGGAGGUUUCAGGAGCUCAACAGGAUCCUGAAGGGACAUCGCAAGGGGGAGCUGACUAUUUUCACAGGUCCUACCGGCAGUGGGAAGACCACCUUUAUCAGUGAGGUUGCCCUGGACCUUUGCAUGCAGGGCGUCAACACUUUAUGGGGCAGCUUCGAGAUCAACAACGUGCGUCUGGCGAAGAUCAUGCUGACGCAGUUUGCCAUGCAGAGGUUAGAGGAAAACCUGGAACAGUACGACUACUGGGCCGACAAGUUUGAAGAGCUGCCGCUCUACUUCAUGACUUUCCACGGACAGCAGAACAUCAAGACAGUGCUGGACACAAUGCAACAUGCCGUCUACCUUUAUGAUAUCAACCACGUCGUCAUCGACAACCUGCAGUUCAUGAUGGGGCAGGAAAACCUCUCCGUAGACAAGUUUGCCGUCCAGGACCACAUCAUCGGAGUGUUCAGGAAGUUUGCCACCAACAGCAGCUGCCACGUCACUCUGAUCAUUCACCCCAGGAAGGAGGACGAUGACCGAGAGCUGCAGACCGCCUCCAUCUUUGGUUCAGCAAAGGCCAGCCAGGAAGCCGACAACGUCCUCAUUCUGCAGGAGAAGAAGCUGGUGACGUGUCCCGGCCGCAGGUCCCUGCAGGUCACCAAGAACCGCUUCGACGGAGACGUGGGCAUCUUCCCUCUGGACUUCAUCAAGUCUUCGCUCACCUUCGCGACGCCCAUCAAAGGAAAGCACAAGCUGAGGCAGGUCGCCGGCAAGCCGGAAGACGAGCUGGAGGUGAAGAAGGAGGUGAGGAAGGAGGUGAGGAAGGAGGUGAAGAAGGAGGUGAAGAAGGAAGAAGUCAAGAAGGAGAAAGCGGCCAAAACGACAAAGACUCCACGAACUGAUAAGAAAUUAAACGAAAGCAUGGAGAAGUAACUAUAAUGUAGUAUUAUAAUUCAUGGUCGUCGGUUUUUUCACCUUCACAUUUACAGUCUAGUUUUAUGUCCAUAAAAGGUUCAACUGAGCUCAACAUUAGGUUUGUUGGAGCGACGCAAUAUGUAAUUCACAAUGAAACAAAUGGUAAAUAAUGAUGGAAAAUAUAUAUUUCAUCAUGGAACGAGGUAUGGAUGUUUCAACCUGAAUGUGACUGAUGGGUUAAGUGUUAAGUGCAUUUAUAUGCAGGUACUUCUGUAUAUUAUUACUGUUCAAAGUGUUAAAAUACUGCUAAACCUGUUCUUAACCCCCCCCCCCCAAAAACAAAAAAACAAUAACUGUGACAUCAAGGACUACUGUUUCCAUGGAGAUCACUCGGUCACAUCACCUUCGUGUGCUUUCUACUGACUUUUUGUACAAGUAAGAUUCAUGGAAUGAGCUUUUUUCUUUUUUAUAAAUAAAGUGCUAAUCAUGCA